AUGUCGUCCAACAGAGGUCGGACGACGGGAAAUUUUGAAAGAGACGAGGAAGAUGAUUCACCUAGAAAAUUCGGUAUCGAUACCAAGUCUGUCUCCAAUGCUGUUUCAUUAUCCAACAGCCCGUCUAUAUCGGUUCUGGCGUACUGCGGAUCGUCUAUCUUGAUGACUGUCAUGAACAAGUAUAUUUUGUCAGGCCUGGACUUCAAUUUAAACUUUCUGUUACUCUGCGUUCAGUCGAUUGUUUGUGUGGUAGCUAUCCAGACAUGCAAAGCGACUGGGAUCAUGACAUUUCAAGAUUUCAGAAUGGACAAAGCGAAACAAUGGUUUCCUGUUACUCUCCUGCUGAUCGGUAUGAUCUAUACUGGCUCAAAGGCACUGCAGUUCCUGUCCAUUCCGGUGUACACCAUCUUCAAAAACUUGACCAUAAUAAUGACCGCUUAUGGUGAGGUCCUGUGGUUUGGUGGCUCUGUUUCUCGUCUGUCAUUGUUCUCCUUUGGACUUAUAGUUCUCAGCUCUGUCGUGGCUGCUUGGGCUGAUAUUAAACAUGCGGUUGAGAGCACGGGGGGCGAUUCAGCCAACCUUGCGGUUUUGAAUUCCGGUUACAUAUGGGUACUUGUAAACUGCGUUUGUACUUCCACGUACGUUUUGGGCAAGAGAAAGAGAAUCAAGCUCACGAACUUCAAAGACAUUGACACUAUGUCUUACGACAACACUUUGUCCAUUCCGGUUCUCAUCUUUUCAACCUUCUUGCUGGAGGACUGGUCUGCGGAGAAUAUCAACAAAAACUUCCCUCUGGACCAACGACAUGCAAUUUUCUCUGCCAUGAUUUUGUCCGGUCUUUGCACGAUAUUUAUUUCCUACACCUCCGCGUGGUGUAUACGAGCAACUUCGUCAACGACAUAUUCGAUGGUCGGCGCACUCAACAAGCUCCCGAUCGCUGUUUCCGGUCUGGUUUUCUUCGAUGCUCCAGUAACGGUGCCGAGUGUCUCUGCGAUUGGCCUUGGAUUCAUCAGCGGCAUCGUUUAUACCAUUGCAAAAAUCAAGCAAAAUGCGAAGCCAAAGGCGGACAUUCUUCCUCUUUCGAAUAUCCCAGGCGGUCAAGGCCCGAGAUCUGCACCGUAA